CCAAGAUUCUGUUGUUGAUGAACAGCAACCCUCUCAGAACCCUUCAUGAGAGCACGAUUUACAUCAAAUCCACAAACCCGUGAGAGUUUUAGCAUCACAUCUAUCGAGAUUUUUAGCAUCAUUUAUCGAGAGCAGUUGUUUGUGAGCAGUCACCGAUAGUCUACUCCCGACGAUGCCUCGUAAAAAGGUUACUCCCAAGAAGGGCUUCUUGGAGUCACGGAGCAUCGGUUCCUGUUUCCUUAUGGGCCUGGGCGUAGGUAUCUGCCUUUAUACAUUUCUCUCUCUCUGCGUUGGCCUUGUUAUUGCUGCACCUGCUGCUCCCAGUAAGGCAGCCAACGGUGAUUACAAUUGGGCGAUCGGAGCGCAGUAUACCAAGGGCCAGAUUGUCGAUUAUCAAGCCAACCGUUACCAAGUCCUCACGACCCAUGUCAGCCAGACGGAUUGGUACCCUGGAUGCUGUGCAGCUAUCUGGAAGCUCGUUGGGCCUGUCAGCGGUGGAACUGCCCCUGCAGCCGCCGCCAAACCUACAGCCGUUUCCGUAGGCGCUGGAGCAGCGGUCUCGGGCGGUGUAGUCGCCGGUACGACGCCUCCAUCGACUAGCGCCAGUGCCUCCACUGGGACAUGGCCAUCCAAGGUUUACGCUCCUUACGUUGAUGUAAUGCUGUGGCCCACUUUGGACGUCAGUGCUGUCGCCACUCAAAUUGGUGUCAAGUAUUUCACUCUCGCGUUUGUAACAGCGGCCGCUGAUGCUGCCCAUACGCCAGCUUGGGGUGGAAUUACGCCUGUAUCCAGCGGAUUUUACAAGGACAUUGUACAAAAAUUGAGGGCUGCGGGUGGAGAUGUAAUUAUUUCUUUCGGCGGCGCCAAUGGCCAAGAGUUGGCUCAAGUCAUCACCGAUGAGAAAGCCCUUCUUGCCACUUAUCAAUCGAUUGUUACUGCCUACCAGCUCACUUGGGCGGAUUUCGACAUCGAGGGAGCCGGUCUUGUGGACAAGGCCGCCGUCGACCGUCGAAACAGGGUCCUUGCGACGCUGAAGAAAAACAACCCGAAGUUGAAGAUCGGUUAUACAUUGCCUGCCUUACCGAACGGACUGACGGCAGAGGGUGUUGCCUUGUUGCAAUCGGCUGCAAAGGCUGGAUUGGCUGUUGAUGUCAUCAACAUCAUGGCCAUGGAUUACGGCGCCGGCGCCGCGCCCAACGGCGCAACCGGUAUGGGCGGCUACGCGAUCAGCGCUGCCAAGGCCACUCUCACUCAAGCCCAUUUGGCCGGCCUUCUCACGACCAAAAUCGGUGUGACGCCCAUGCUCGGUCAAAACGACGUCCCCGGCGAAAUUUUCCGCGUGGCAGAUGCCGUGGAACUGGUCACCUGGGCCAAGAGCACCGACUGGAUUGCAUCGCUUGGCGCAUGGUCUGUCAAUCGCGAUAAAGCCAAGACCGGACCGCUGUACGCAUCUACACAGAUCGUUCAAAAGGACUACGAGUUCAGCGCCGUCCUCAACGGCGUCACGACCGUCAAGACUUCUACGCAGAAGGAAGUGUAUGGCGAGCAGCAGCCAGCUGCGGAAGCCCCCGUUCCGGUCCCGGAAGCAGCCACCGGAUCGACAGGAAGAUACUUCGCACCAUACGUCGAUGUGCUUCUCUGGCCGACCCUGGAUGUGUCGACCGUUGCCCAGACGACGGGCCACAAAUUUUACACUUUGGCGUUUAUUCUCGCUGAUCCCGCUGGAGAUCCGGCUUGGGGAGGAGUCACUAAGAUCGCCACAGGAUUUUACAAGGAUAUCAUUGACAAGCUUCGAGCACUCGGUGGCGAUGUCAUCAUCUCGUUGGGUGGCGCUACUGGAACGGAGCUGGCGCUGCAGGUCACUGAUCCCAAAGCUCUCCAAGCCAAGUACCAAAGCGUCAUUGACACUUACGGAGUGUCCUGGCUGGACUUUGACAUUGAAGGCGCAACACUGCCCAACACCGCUGCGAAUGAUCGGCGUAACCAAGCCAUCGCUGGAUUGCAGAAGGCUAAUCCGGGCGUGAAGAUAUCCUACACGCUUCCGGCUAUGCCCGACGGGGUUGAUGCAUAUUCGAUUGCACUCUUUGCGUCUGCGGCUAAAAUGGGGACCAAGAUUGAUGUUGUCAAUAUCAUGGCUAUGGACUAUGGUGGUGGUGCAGCGCCCAAUGGUGCCACCGGCAUGGGCGGAUACGCUAUCAGCGCCGCGCAGGCAACAUACAAGCAAGUUCAAGCAGCCGGCUUCACAGCCACACAGAUCGGCAUCACCCCUAUGAUCGGACAGAACGAUGUAGCGGGUGAAGUCUUCAGACUAGCCGACGCCGCGCAACUCUCUACCUGGGCUAGCUCCACUCCAUGGGUAGGACGCAUUGCCAUGUGGAGCGUGAACAGGGACACCUCCAAGAAAGGAGCGCUCUACGCGUCGAGCCAAGUCUCGCAGGCUGAUCUGGACUUUGUCAACACGUUUAAGGGGUUCCAAAGUGGUGUCAUCACCAGUGUGCCAGCCUCAACCGAAGGCGGCACUGAGAAUAGCGCUGAUGAUGCGCCCACUAAGACCCCGAAAGCCCCCAAGGCGAAGAAAACUAAGAAACCCAAGAAGGUCACGAAGGUCACGAAAGCCACUCGUGAUGAACCGGAAGCAGAUGAUGAGGAGACGGAGGAGACGGAUGACGAAGAGGUGGACGAGGACGGGAGCGUCGGUGGCAUCCACCUUCCUUCGGUGGCCCAGAUUGUUGGUACAGUCGGUGGGGUGAUAGCUGACGUCAAGGACGCUGUGAAGAACGUUCCCGAGACUGCGACCGGCGCCGUCAAGGAUGCUGCUGCCGACGCGAAGGAUGCUCUGAAGGGGGCUGCAGAAAGCGCCAAAGAUGCCGUGAAGCUAGCCGCCUCCACCGGUUCUGACAAUGCAGCUCGCCUCCUCCAAGAGCUUCCUGAGCCGCUUAAGCGCUGGACGUAUCUCAACGCACCUCUUCCCCCUGCUCGUGGUUCACCGGGCCACAGCGCGGGGGUUCCAGACCCAUCGCUGAUCAUAACAGCCGAGCAUGCCAAACGAAGCCUUUCGACCAAAAGGAAUACCCUUGGUGACUCUCUGACUUGGUCUACUCGCACAUUGGCGCCAUACGUUGAUGUCACGGCCUGGCCAACGUUCGACAUCGUCGGCGCUGCGAAAAGCUCUGGAUUGCGUCACUUUGCUCUGGGCUUUAUCAUCGCCGACAAGCAGGGUGACCCGUCUUGGGGCGGAUACUACAAAGUCAGUAGCAGCUUCUUGAAGAAAGACAUUCAAACGCUCCGCAACGAUCAUGAUGGAGAUGUCAUUGUAUCCUUUGGAGGCGCUGCUGGCAAGGAGCUCGCUUUGAAGGCUGCUAGUCAAGCCGCCCUCGUCACUACGUAUCAGAGUGUGAUCGACGCUCUGAAAAUAACUUGGGCUGAUUUCGACAUCGAGGGCAAGGCAUUGGCGAACAAGACCAGCGUGGAUACCAGAAACAAAGCUCUUGUGAAGAUCAAGGCCAAGAACCCAACAUUGGUUAUCAGCUACACUCUCCCUGUCGAGCCGACUGGUCUCACUACUGAAGGGAAAUAUGUGUUGACCAGUGCUCAUAAAGCCGGGUUGAAAAUUGAUGUUGUCAACCUCAUGGUCAUGGACUGGGACCCGGCCCACUGCAAGAACAACGCCUGCAAAACCGUAAUGGCCCAACACGCAAUCUCAGCGGCCCAGGCGACCUACAAACUCCUUACGAGCGAGUUUCCUGCCGGCUCAGUCCCCAAGAUUGGCUUGACGCCAAUGAUUGGAGUGAACGAUCUCGCCGACGAGAUUUUCACUCUGAACAACGCCCAGGAGCUGAUAAACUUUGCUUCGGGCGGCAGCGGGAAGGACAUUGGUGCUGGGGCUGGCGCCGGAGGCGACUGGCUCGCUUUCCUUGGGUUCUGGAGCCUGAACAGGGACAAUUCGGCGAAAUCGAACAGUAUGGACACUAGCAGCGGGAUCAUCCAAGGGGAUUGGGCAUUCUCACACAUCCUGGUUGCAUUCGCCAAGUGAACUUGGUAACUGGGCUCCUUGACCUUCGUCUGAACUCAUUCGUCGAGACUUUUCAUGUAUUGUCCUGUGUUUUGUUUUGUUUUGCAAGUCGUUUAUGCGUUGUAUGUGUGAUAUAUGGUGCUGAAGCAAAUGUUACAAGUCGUUCUUGA